CACGCAGCAAAAUGUGCCGCGGUAAUCCCGCCUCUUUCCCAGCAUUCCUUGGGCGAGCGUGAAUGGAGUCCGAAGCAAGAUGGCUGCGAACGAGAACGCAAUCAGCCCUCUGUUUGAUUGUCCGACAUGGGCAGGCAAACCACCCCCAGGGCUGCAUUUGGACGUUGUGAAGAUAGACAAGCUUGUAGAGAAACUGAUCAUUGAUGAGAAGAAGUACUACCUGUUCGGCAGGAACCCUGAUAUCUGUGACUUUACGAUUGAUCACCAGUCCUGCUCCAGAGUGCAUGCAGCCUUGGUCUACCACAAGCACUUGAAGAGGGUGUUCCUUAUCGACCUCAACAGCACACACGGCACAUACCUGGGGCGCAUCCGUCUGGAGCCCCACAAGCCGCAGCAGGUACCCAUCGACUCGACGGUGUCGUUCGGAGCCUCCACGAGACUCUACACCCUGCGAGAGAAGCCACAGACCCAGCCGAGCACGACCACUGGGGACGCCAAGACAGGGGAGGACGAGGAGCUGAAGGGGCUGCUAGGACUGCCGGAGGAGGAGACCGAACUGGAGAACCUGACAGAGUUCAACACAGCACACAACAAGCGAAUCUCCACUUUGACCAUCGAGGAGGGCAACCUGGACAUCCAGCGACCGAAACGCAAGCGGAGGAGCUCCAGAGUGAUCUUCAGCGAUGAGGAAGAGAUCAUCAACCCAGAGGAUGUGGAUCCCUCAGUUGGUCGUUUCAGAAACAUGAUCCAAACAGCUGUUGUUCCAAUAAAGAAGAAGAAGCUGGAAGGUCACGGCACGCUGGGGCUGGAGGAGGCGGUGGCCCGGCGCAUGCAGAACUUCCCCUUCAGCACAGGGCUGUAUGGAGACCUGCCCCCCACCAGCCACGAGGCAGGGGGGCACUCCCACGGGGCUCACGGGGGGACCACCAUCCUGGGGGGACUCCCCAUGCCGUUCCCCAACCUUGCCCCCGACGUGGACCUGACCCCGGCCUCAGUCCCGCCCACCGUCGCCCUGAACCCCACCCCCACCCCCGGGGCUGGCUUCCCCUCCGAGACACUCAACGAGCCCAAGAAGAAGAAAUACGCCAAGGAGGCCUGGCCGGGCAAGAAGCCUACCCCCUCCCUGCUCAUCUGACAGGGGCUCUGGACUGUGUGCCAUCGGGGGCGCCCUUGCGCUGUGUUUGUUUUUUUAUGUGGGAGGGGUGGGUGGGGCAGCAGGGUUUUGAAGCCGCAUGACAGCUUUAAAAGUUUGAAUAGCAGUAGUUUCAUUGACCAAAAACAUAGUGUGUUGUCACAGUGAUUACAAUACAGCUCCCGUUGCAUAGUAGAGUAAAACCAUUCCAGGUUCUACCGUGGGCCUAGUCAGUCACAAACACAGGUCCACAGUAAAACCUGAAAUGCUCUGAGCUGCUAAAAUACAAAGCAAAUACAAACCAUUUGUGACAAAUCAAUGUUAUACAAUGGAUAAUUGGGGGCCUGCUACACCCUACACAAUACAAAGUUGUUUUUUUUUAAUACAGUGCGUCUUUAUUGGACCAAAGGGAGACACAAACUAUGUCUGCAAACUAUCUGUUGGAAGUAUACUGUUACCAUUAGAACAGAACUUUUUUCUGCUAUCGUCCACACAAAAUGCUUUUGUUUCUUCUUAAAGUACAUUUGACUUGAAGAGACCUAUUCUGUAAUCCAGAAACGUGUAGACCCCAGGUGAAUGCAAUAAUAAAAUGUCCAAAAACACACCUGUAAUAGUGCAGUCAAAGUAAGCCCACACACACCCCCACGUACUCACUCCCACACGUCUUCAUCGUCCGGUAAAUCCACACCUUUUCCACUGGUGUGCAGUGUUUCAGCAGAGAGGGGUUGGGAACACAACACAGGUGGAUACCCUCCCUCCCCCCCUCCCCCCCUCCCCCUCCCCCCCUCCAGGCAUGCUGAUGUCUUGGAUGAACAGCGUGGGGUUUUGAUUAAGUGACCAUACCUAAAACGUUUCUCCUUGCGGUUCAAAACUGCAACCCUCCCACUGGAGGCAUAAUAAUCUCAGCAGCAGACCCAAGUCUCUGAGCACUGUCUGCCAUGUGCAUUGGGAAGUGGUCAUUGGGAUUGGCUGGUCAUUCUCGUUUGUUUAUGCGUUUCAGAUUAGAAUUAUUAGUUGUGUGUUGCAGAAUUGAUGUUAGAUUCUGUUUGUUUCAGUUUAAACUCUUUUGAAAUGUUUGGACACAAUCAGUAGAGUGCAGUUACUGUUUUUUUUGGUUUUGUUUUUGUGGCACUACUAAAAAAUAAAAAUGGUAAUAUAAUUCCACAUGCAUUGUAAAUCUUUGUUAAAAGUCUUUUGUGUUUCUUGUCUUAAUGCAAAAGAGCUUGAUGAAGAUUUAUAAAACAUUUGUCUAAUUAUACUACCAAGUUUUCUUUUUAUGUCUAACCUGCAACAACAAACAAAGCCCUGAAGUGAUGACUGGGAUUGAGUGUCUGGUGACUGGUGUCCAGAUCAGGGUCAGUGGAAUCAAUCGAAACAGCAAAAGAAAGAGCUGCUCUGCACACAGGCUAAGACAAGCGGACAGCUUGGUGGAAAGCAGCAAUAUACAGCACACAAGCAAGCAGCGGUUUCUUUAUUUAUUUCAAUUGUGAUUGCAGAGUGACUCAUGUGGCACGUGCUUGCUGAGGAGAGCUCAAGUGGAAUAAUUGCUUUGGCACUUCUGGUUUGAUCACACCGACUCUGUCGUUAUAUAAUCGCUGACUGUCUGCGGAAUACAUUUGUUUGCAUGUUCAGAUUUGUUAUGCCAGAGUAUCAUCAUGAUUAAGAGUUUGGAGUUAUUGCAUAGCUGUGAUUGGCUUUAGUGAAAAGGUUCUGCAGAAUUUAGCAUGGUUGAACUCUGCAGUGGUACAUUGUUUUAUCCACUUUGUUUAGACUUAUUUAUUUUAAUUUUAUAUCUUUGUACACGUGAGUAGGGUAGAUGCUGGUAGAUGCUGCAAGAUGCCUCUUUUUAUUUUUUUUAUAGCGUUUUCAUUUUGUAUUUGAAGGAAUUGUUAAUGAAAUCAUUGACAGGGCAAAUGAUAUGUUUACUACAAGUUAAGUUCUCCAUACUACAUUCUUCCUUCAAACCUCAUCAGACCAUUUUGUGUUAGAUUCUGUCCUUUCCCCUAAUUGUCCAUGUCUUGUAAGACACUGACCCACAUGACUAUCCUAUUUCUAAUGGUGUGGCUUGCUGAUAGGACAGGGAUGGUUACAGUUUUACAGCCCAGUAGAAUUCCUGCUUGAAUGUUUACGCUGUCCCUCCAUUCUGUACCCUUCUUGCACUCUGAUUCAUUCAAAAUCAGACCUUGUUGACCAUACAGUUUGUUUACAUUCCCUAAAGGUUGGUAAUCUGCAGACAAACCUGCUUCCAGUUUUAAAAACUAAACAGGCAUGUUACUGCUGUAUCUGCCAUAGAGAGAGACCAUGGGUGCAGUCUGUUUUUGUAUUUUAAAAGAAAUGUCUACAGAUUUCACUGUGAAAACCUCAGUUCAAGAAUACUGAAUUUCAGGAAGUUUUUUUAAUCUGCAUGGAGCAUUGCAUCUUGUGCCUCUCGAUCACUUUUUCUUUCAUUCCAAGGGGACACUUGCUAUUCGUUAAGGUUGUAAAACUGUUUGUCAAAUAAGAAAAACAAAAUUACAACUGCAGGAACAGUCCAAAAAUAAGGUAUUCAAAACCUGGAAAUACUAAUGCAUUGGCCAAACCAUAAAUACUUUCAUUUUUUAACACUCCUUGCAGUUCCCAAUCGCACCAAUAUUUAUUAAAAUAAAAUAAAUAAAAGGCGUUAGUGUUAGAAUUAGUAAAGAGCAACACACUGUAGCUUUUUAGCUUCCACACAGUUUCUCUUUUGAGCUGUGCAGGCUUUGCAGUAGAGAAGUAGCUUUGGUGAGACUGUCUUAGUGUGACCAGUACACUUCUAGGCUCAGCCACUAGAUGGAACUGCUAACAAGGUUGAGGUCUAAAGCCAGCCCUGUUGAUCACUCCAUGGUUGUUCAAAUGUGCACCCAUGACUGUAACUAGCUAUGAGGACACCGAGGUUGUGUUCUCGGUUGUGUUUUUGCAUCAUCAAUGCUGAUGCUCAUGUAAAAAUUCUGGUGAAGUACAAAAGACUCCUUCAUUUUCUCUGUUGGUUUGUUGUGUAACAGAUUUAGCUUGAAACCUCAGUUUGACCUUGGUAGAAUGUCAGCUCUGGUUACGACGCUGUGUGCACCCAACCUUAUGUGCGCUUUCAUGGUUAGCUGUCAUUUUAUAUAUAUUGAAAACCAGGAGUCACUCUCUGCGGUUCGUUUGCCCCUUUUAAAAGUAGACCCAGGACACGACUUGAAUUUUCAUGCUUACGCGCUAAUUUUAAAUAAACAAAAACAAAACCUAGCUGUCCUCGAGCACUAACUAAACAGACCAGCAACCUAACUAAAAACAGGACAGCUGAGCUGUUUUCCUGUUAAAACAAACACAACAAAAAAACACAGUUUAACGAAUAACAAAAAACUACACACAGUACUGUUUUUUUUUUGUUUUUUUUUCUUGAUACGCUUGAGCAUACAAUCAUGCGGGCUUUUCACACAGUAGCCCUGAGCAGACUGACUGCUCUCCUUAUAUACCCUGCACCUGGCUCUAAUUUACAAUGAUAGCCAGGAGCAGGUGAUAAUUAACAAUAAAACAAUUAACAAAUCAUAAUUAAACAAAAGCAAUUAGUUUGGCAGGGAGGCUUUCCACCUUGUCCCUGCCACAAAACAUGCUGCUGGGGGAGGCGGAGGGGUUUGUCAGCUCAGUGGUUCCUGUAUUUGGUCAAUGAAAUUACGAGAUGGACUCUUGGGAGGGCUUGUUCUCCAUCCCUUUUUAUUGCUGUGAAUAGGCAGGAUGAUUUAUAUAAGCUUUGUACAGGUAUUUGUACAGUUGUGUAACAGGUCUUUUUUCACACGUACUAUUCAAGCUUUUAACCUGUAACCUGUACUUCAUUGUAAAUUAAAAGCGAACUCUGAAUUUUGUCACAAAAACAAA